AUGGGACAACGGUUGGUGCCAACGCUCGCCAUUGCUUUAAUGGCUAGAAUUGAGACACCAAUUUGGGAAACACGACCUUUGCUUUAUUGCCGAUAUAUCGACGACUGUUUCCUUGUCUGUUCGUCUCAAGCAGAUAUGGACAACUGUUUCAAGAUUUUAAAUGAGCAGUCGGAGUAUAUAAAGUUCACUCGGGAUAAGCCCAAAGGAGAAUGGUUACCCUUCUUCAACGUCCAAGUGCAUAUUUGA